UUCGUUUUCAAAAUUGUUAUCUGUUUAAUGUUUUUCAUAAAAUGUUUCGUGAAAAUGCAGCCGAUGUAGCCGAUAGACGUUCUGUGGUAUUUUUGUAGCUAAAGGCUAUAUUUUUCACAACUAUACCGUGCUGAGUAUAACAGAAAACCUCUUUGCCAUGGCUACAGGAAACCCACUGAGAAGAAACCACUCAAGAAGAUCUCAUUCUCGACGGGAAUUGAAAGAGACCAUGAAGACACCGAGUGGUCUGAAAGUGACUGUAUGUUUGUGCGAUAUAACCGACCUGGAAGGAGAUGCCAUAGUGACUGGGGAAGGGGAGGAUAUGAACGGGAAAAGCAAGGUCUCACAGCUGCUAUUGAAACUCGGGGGUUCGGAAUAUGAAAAAAAGAGAAAAGAUAUCAUUGUCAAAAAUAAACAUAAAUCCUUGAAAGAAGGAAGUAUUUAUGACCAACAUGUCGAUUGGAAGAAGUUAAAUUUCCAGUACGUGCUGCAUGCUAUUGUACCCAAGUAUGGGAAGUCGAAUUGGAAGACCAUUAUGGGAAAGCUCUAUGACAACAUAAUUGCGGUGGCAGAAAGGUUGAAGCUGAGAGAGAUCACGAUGCCUUUGCUUGGCUCAGGAAAAGCAAGAGCCCCAUUAGACGAAGCUGCAUUGAUAGCUGUGGAGCAUCUCUUUAAACACCCCAAAUGCGUUGUUGAGGAAAUUAAUCUGGUUACUCUGGAUCAAAUGGCUUUUACUUACCUCCAAAGUAACUGUGACCAAUUUACCAGCAAGUCAUCUCAGCAGCAAAACAGUACUGCUUCAACUAUUACAGGAAAAAAAACAGGCUCAGGAAGUGGGGCAAAUUCUGGUGCAAGAAGUGGGGCAAAACCUGAUGCAGGUGAUAGGGCAAAUUCUGGUGCAGGAGGUGGGGCAAAAUCUGGUGCAAGAAGUGGGGCAAAACCUGUAUGCAGGUGGUGGGGCAAAUUAUGGUGCAGGAGGUGGGGUAAAAUCUGGUGCAAGAAGUGGGGCAAAAUCUAGUGCAAGAAGUGGGGCAAAACCUGAUGCAGGUGGCAGGGCAAAACCUGCUUCCACAAGUGGGGAAAAACCUGGUGCAGGAGGUGGGACAAAACAAGGUGCAGGAAAUGGGGCAAAAACUGGUGCAGGAAAUGGGGCAAAAACUGGUGCAGGAAAUGGGGCAAAACCUGGUGCAGGAGGUGGGAUAAAACCAGGUGCAGGAAAUGGGGCAAACACUGGUGCAGGAGGUGGGACAAAUACAGGUGUAGGAAAUGGGGCAAAAACUGGUGUAGGAAAUGGGGCAAAAACUGGUGCAGGAAAUGGGACAAAAACUGGUGUAGGAAAUAGGGCAAACGAAGGUCAGGAAAGAGGUGCAAAAUCAAAAACACAACCUGAUGCAAGAGUGGGUAGUCUGAAAUCUGAAAAUGAUAUUCACGGUGGCAAGGCCAGAAAGGACACUGAGCCACGUAAAGAGGAUCAAUAUGAUCCCAGCAGGUACGCAGAUGGAACUGAUAAUUCAGCAAAUUCACAUAGAGCGCCUGGAGGACAAUCUCAGCAUUCAAGCACACACCAAAGCAAGUGUGAGGAAAUUGGUGAACAAGGUAAAGGAACUGCCAACAAGAAUUCCAAAACUAAAUCGGGAAAGAGACCUGCAAGUCUGACUUCUAAUGAAUAUGAAGAAACAGAAACGACAUCCAGUAAGAAAACGAAAACUGUGAAUGCAGGGGAUCCUGCUACGACAGAAGAUUCCCAAGACAAAGGACAUGAAAGUGAAAGUGGAGGUGACAAACUGAAAACAAAGAAUGAUACAAAGAAUGAUAAUCUAUCAUCUAGAUCAUCACUGGAACUGGAUAGUGUAACAAAGUCAUCAGUGAAUGAUAAAAAUAAUCAUGGUAGUAAACUAUCUGAAGCAUCUGAAGCAAUAAAUGAUAGUGGAACUGAUGAAGGUAUGGUUAAAAAUAAUGCAGCACGAGAAAGACGGAGGACUGCCACAAGUGCGAAAGACUCUCAGCUGAACCGUAAUAAGCAAGUUCAAAACAAGCAAGAAGCUGCUGCUGAUGUUGGUGGAGUCAAAACGGAAAGAAUGGGUGCUGAUCGUGAUGAUGAAUAUCAUGGUGAUGCUGAUGAUCAUGUUAAUCAACAGAAUGGUCAUGGUGGUGAUGGCAAUGAUAAUGAUGUUGCUGAUGUUAAUCAACAGAAUGGUCGUGGUCGUGGUGGUGAUGGCAAUGAUGAUGAUGUUGCUGAUGUUAAUCAACAGAAUGGUCAUGGUGGUGAUGUCAAUGAUGAUGAUGUUGUCAAUGUUAAUCAACAGAAUGGCCGUGGUGGUGAUGGCAAUGAUGAUGAUGGCAUUGAUAAAGCCAAUGAUGACCAUGAUGAUGAUGCUGAUAUAGUUUAUUCAGAAGCCGAAAAUUAUUCUGGUACACUUAAUCAGACUGCACAUAAAGGAUCAAAACUCCAGAUAAAUUCCAAGGACAAUAAGUCUAACUUACAGAAUGCUGUCAAUGGAAAUAACUCUAAAGUACAAAAGGGUGAUGUAAGACUGGAAGAAGUUAACUCUAACUUGAAAAAUGAUGGUGCCAAAGCUAAGGAAAAUAACUCAAAGUCACCAAAUGGUGGUACAGGAUGCACGGAGGCGACAACAAAAGAAGAUGGCAAACACAAUUCCAAACCACAUCCCAAAGAAAAUAAAGAAUCUGUAAGAAAGAAUAAUACUGACCAGAAGACAAAAGAAACACUUUACCAUGACAACCGCAACAGACUGAAAGAUGGCAAGGAAAAACAAAAAGCAACAUCGGAAGACAGUACAAAAGAAAUGUGUGUCAUUUGUAUGGAAGAAAUAAAAAACCCUAAAAAGUUGGAUAAAUGUGGGCAUGUUUUCUGUCGAAGCUGCAUUACUGAUUGCUUUGAGAAGUUCAAACCGGUGUGUCCCACAUGUAACAUGGUGUAUGGGGUGGUGCUGGGAACACAGCCAGAAGGGACAAUGACUGUAACACACAACUCUGCAAGUCUGCCGGGAUAUCCAGCAUGUGGAAUGAUCAUCAUUGACUAUGUGUUUCAUGAUGGCAUGCAGACGGAGGAACAUCCUAAACCGGGAAGUUCCUACCAUGGAACAAGGCGUACGGCAUUCCUCCCUGAUAACAGAGAAGGGAAAACCAUAUGUAAACUGUUGAGAGUUGCCUUUGAAAGAAGACUUGUCUUCACUAUCGGCAGAUCGUCAACGACUGGGCGAGAAGAUGUCGUCACAUGGAACGAUAUUCACCACAAAACAAGAAUUGAUGGCGGACCUACAAGAUUUGGAUAUCCAGACCCAGACUACUUGAGACGAGUUCGAGAAGAAUUAACGAGCAAGGGCGUAACCGAAAUAAUUUCUUACACACAUGCGUUGGAGAACUUGGUUUGAUAUUUUUUGGUAUCACAGACCGAUAUCACUUGGGUGAGAUAUGGAUUUCAAGACAUCUGAUUGGCUGAUCUACAGUGAUGACACGGACCUUGAUGACAUUGACCUGCACAUUCCCCCCCCCCCCCCCCCCCCCCCCCCCCCCAGUUUUUAGGAUACAUUAAGUAGUGAGCAUAUAGUUCACAUUGAUGCCUUUGGUAAUUGUAAGAUAUAUAUUUUAAAAUCGCAGACCAUAGUUUCAGUUGGAUAGGCAAGGUAACUAUUUUUAAGAUUUAAUUAUUAAUCUAGGCCAGUAGGCCAGUAGGCCAGUGCCUUAUGGCACCCCCCACCCACCUGUACCCACCAUUUUCUCAUUUUCUCAUUUUGACAUCUGGCUCCCUGUAUAUACCUAUGUGUGACCAAGUAAAAUUUUACCUAUUAUCAUCUUGUAAUUUCUUAAAGUUUAUUUAUUAAUUUUUCUUGUGAAAUGUAAAUACAGAAUUUGUAAAUAAUCACGUACUUACAUUUUUGUAGGCUAUUUUCAUGUACAUGUAUCAACUGAAUGUAAAUUAUUUACAGUAUUAUGGAUAAUACUGGAUGCAAUACCAAAUUAAUGGGAAAACUUGCUAAAAAAAUAUAACAAUUUAAUAAAUUAGACAGAAUACGAAGCUCAAAUAUAAAUCUUCUUAAGAGAAAGUAACAAAACCAUUUAACAAGCUAUUCAUUGAUAAAAUAAACAAAAAUCAAAUUAAAUCACAAUACAAAUUAGGUAAAAAGUCUCUUAAAUUUGUUUUUAUAAAUUACCCUUUCAAAUAACCAUUGACACAAAAUUACAAUCUUUUCGAUUUAAAAUUAUAAUAACCAAAUAUAUUACACUAACAGUAAGCUGAUGCAAUGUGAAACGUUUUGAGUGAACUACAUACAGAGGCAGUUUAUCCUAGUAGCACAUGCUACGGCACCCGCGUUUCAGGCGGCCCUGCAGUGAUGUGUACAUUUAUUUGCCCCCCUCUCUCUGAGGGGGUUGCAAACUAAAGGCUAUAUCCUGGGGAGGGGGUCCCGCUGUUAUUUGUGCUACAGACCCCGCGGAUCCUUAAUCCAGCACUGACUACAUGUAUACAUGUACAUUUUGCCCAGAUGCCAAAGUUCGGUCACUUAAUUUGCAAGGUGAAUUGUUAUUGGUUGAAGAAAGGCUUGCAUUAAACUUACAUUGUAUAUAUUCGACUUAUCAGUAUUCCAAGGUCUGUGAUUGCUACUAGAGUUUUGCCAGUAUGACACUAUGUGUCGGGGCUAGCGCCAGCACUGACACUCGCCAAUUGUGCAUUUUAAGAACAACUGGUGAAUUAUAUUUUAAUUUAGCGAAAAAAAAUUGUGUAAUUAAUAAAUAAUUUGUUGGAAAAUAGCUAUAGCUGUUUGUCAGGGCUAGCACUGGCACUCGCCAAUUGUGAAUUUUAAGAACAAUUGGCGAAUUAUAUUUUAAUUUGGCAGAAAAAAUGUGUGUAAUUAAUAAAUAUUUUGUUGGAAAAUAGCUAUAGAUUUUGCAUUUUCAAGAUGAUUUGGUGAAAUUUUCUGAUCACCCAGAGCUGGCCCUGUGUUUGUUCAGGGGCCGUCCAUAAUUUUCAACAUUUUUAUGAGCGUACAAACCGUACACUUUUUUUGAAAAUGAAAAAUGUUGAUCAACAUUUUUCAUUUGGGGAUGUACACUUUUAGGGGUUGGGGAGGGGGUGGUCAAAAGUGUACGGUUUGUACGCUCGUGAAAAUUAUGGACUGCCCCUUAGCCUUUCACACUCAGUCUGACAAACUGGUCCUUUUGUUAAUGUAUCAUGAUUUCUUACCUGCAACCUUUUGUGCAAUCUGAUUAAAAUUAGCUCUACUGAUCUACCAGUAGAUCUAACAGCAUGCCGUGGACUAAUUUAAUAGGUAACAGAAUGCAGUGGAAAGCAUGUAAUUAAAGAUAAAUGACUUUUUUAAAAGGUGUACAAUAGGGUGAGUUUCAAGUAAACAUAUUAAAUUUAUUCUUUGAAUAACAUUUUUAUUUACCGUAUCCGGUAUAGUAAACAUUGUUUUUUUUUCUUAUUAUAUAUUUUUGUGACGACUGUUGAUAUGCAUUCCAGUUUAGUAGUCAUUUUUUUAAACUAAACUAUUUUAUGUGUGUUUUCUUUUACCUGUAUAUAACAGCCACCUGUCCAUAAUGGCCACUUAUGCCAGGUCCCUCGAGUGGCCAUUGUAUAAAGGUUUGACUGUAUAUUCUUUUUUUAAUAUAUUUUAAUAACUGUGCUUUUAAAAAAUUAAUAGAAAUUGUAAUGUUCUGUAUAUACUGUAUAAUAUAAUAUGUAUUUUGAAGGUCUGAAUA